CAUCAUUCAUUUAGCGGUUGCGAACCAACCAGAUGCGAAGCAGCUCCGUGCUUUCAUGCAACUUCUCGAUCCGGAACUCCGGCGCUACAUGCUGCGUUCGCGCAGCGGAAUUCAGACCAGCGACGGACGUACGCCCCUGCAUCGCUGGGCUGCCGAUCAUGAGGAGUGGCGGAAACAAAUCUUUAGAGACGACGAAAAGAGGGACGUGAACGAGGAGCUUCGGGCAUUGUUGGAGUAUUCCAACGGCGAAGAGCUCGAUGUCUUGGAUGCGAGCGGCAAUACUCCUCUGCACACUCUCAUUAGCAGACUUGUUGAUCCGGACCUCAUCAAAAUUAUGGUUGAGGUCAAGCCUGAACUUCUCUACCGCGAGAAUGCCGUCGGACGCACGCCUGUCGAGUGCGCUCAUGACAUGUACCUCCGGGCCUGCGUGCAAAACCCGCCACAGUUCUUUCACUCCGAGCACUGGGUUGAGAAGAGAAACCCGAUCAAAGACCUACUCGAGGGCAAGCAGAUCACCAAAGAACCUUCCGUGGACCACGACCUGUUCAAGAUUGGACAAAUCUACGAGCUCGUCAACGCGUAUCUGGAAAGGUUUCCCAGCAAACGGCGCCUCGUUAGCCUGCACGAGGCUAACGAUGUCGCUAGGCGCAUCGGCGAGGAGUAUCAGGGCCAGCGAUAUGCAUGGAAGGGCCCUGGAAGUAAGACAGGGGUCAGAGCCGGCAGGGCCCCCGAAGACGAAGGCGUUCAAGGCGAGAAGGAGGGAACUGAAGACCAGUCGGAGCAGACUGAUUUCGUUAGCACAGAGCUUGGUGCUAAAGCUUACGGGGCAUGGAGGAAGCCGCAAAGAUUUGGGUCUUGGCCUGGCUCCUCUUCCAAACCCUCUGAUGAUUGAGACGGUAGGAAGGAAUACGACGUUAUGGUCGAAAGGCGCAGGAAGAGGCUUGCCAAAUGGGCGCACAGUCGGUGGGUGUAACUCUUGGUGAAAGAGAAUGUUCCCGUGAAUUUAGCUGUCUCUAGUUUAGUAGGUAUUUCCCUCAAUGAGAAUCAUGAUAAG